CUUCUUCCUUUUCCUCUCAAUUUACAAGUUCGCCCGCAGGCAGCGUUUUCUCACUUCAUCGGAAUAACACAACAGAAGGAUGUCUACUCUCAACAGAAAGAUUAUUAAUACCCCAUCUGCACCUGCGGCAAUUGGUCCAUACAGAGGCGGGUCUACUCACUGGACAAUGACCCCUCAUAUAAGCAGUGACUUUUAGAAGACAGGCAGCAAAGUCCAAAACACUCUUUUGACGAACAACUGGUGAUUCAGAAUGGCAACAAUUCGUCGGCAGAUUACGUACACAGCCAAAGCGCCAGUCAGGCAAGGAAUAUACAGUCAGGCGGUGCUUGUGGACAGAACCUUGUACAUCUCUGGUCAGCUGGGGAUGGACGUGGCGUCUGGUCAGCUGGUCGAUGGAGGGGUGCAGGCUCAGGCCAAACAGGCUUUGGUCAACAUGGGGGAGAUUCUGAAAGCGUCUGGCUGCGACUACAGCAAUGUGGUGAAGACGACUGUGCUGCUUGCAGACAUUAACGACUUCAACAGCGUCAAUGAAGUGUACAAGACAUUUUUCAGCAGCCAAUUCCCUGCCAGAGCCGCCUAUCAAGUGGCAGCGCUCCCCCGAGGCGGUCUGGUGGAAAUCGAGGCGGUGGCGGUCCUUGGCCCUCUCGCCGAUUCCUGACUAGCCGGAAAAAUCACUAACAAGUUAUAGCACAACUAUCAAGAUUAGAAUUUAUUUCCACACAUUUUCUAAUGUGUGCCUGUUAAACCAUUUGACUACUGGCCUUUGACUAUAAAUCCCCAAUGAAGAGAUCGGCACUUAUGGUCCAAUGAUCAAUCAACACUGUAAUGUGAAGAUGUUAAAUAAACAACCUCAACUGCAAA